CUUGCACCAAGAUGCUGAACAUCAGUGAGCUGCCUUUGCAGCUCCUGCCUUCCAGGCCCUCAGACAGGCUUCUGCAGCCUUUCUGGGAUUAUUUGCUUUUUCACCACCUGCCUCUCGUAUCAUCUCCUUUUUUCCCGGUCCUACUUGCUUUUUCCAGUUAUUUCUUCUUCAGUAUACCUUUCGCUGUGCUGGACCUCCUGGGAGAAAAGGUGCCUUCCAUGUAUCAGUACAAGAUCCAACCAGACAGGCAGCCAACAGUGGGGAUGAUGGUGAAGAGCUUCCUCAAGGCGCUGUAUAACCACAUCUUCUUUGUUAUUCCAUCUGUAAUAAUCAGCAUGUUCAUAUUGCCUGUACCAACUCUGCCACAUGAGGCUCCUACUCUGUGUGAGGUUUUCAUCGAUGGACUGGCUGUGCUUCUCGUCUUUGACACGCAGUACUACAUUUGGCACUUCAUACAUCACAAGCAUCCGCAGCUUUACCGCUGGAUCCACGCCAUCCACCACGAAUACGUGGCGCCCUUCUCGUGGUCGACCGAGCAGCUCAGCAUCCCAGAGCUGAUGACCGUGGGACUGUGGAGCAACCAGGACCCUAUUGCUUUAAAGUGUCACCCGCUGACCACGUGGUGCGUCACGAUCUUCAGCAUCUGGAUGUCCGUGGAGGACCACAUAGGCUACGACCUGCCGUGGACCCUCAACCACCUGGUGCCUUUUGGUUUGCUGGGUGGUGCUCCGGCUCAUGACAUGCACCACCAGAAGCCGAGCAGCAACUACGCUCCUUUCUUCAGUCACUGGGACAUCAUCUUUGGCACCAGCGUUCCUCUGAAGAAAAAAACUUUGAGAUCAUGGUAACAACUGAAAAUAGUAGUUUAUUUGUUAUUGUCUCUUUGUUAAAUCAAUUUCCAUUAUUUUUCUAUCUGCAUUGUCUAUAAUUUUGUAAAACUUUUCUUUGUGAGGCAGAUUUCUUGUGAAAUUCAAUGAGAAAUUUGUAUUUUGUUUUGUUUAUGCAUUCAAUAAAUGGUUGUUUAUU